AUGGAGUCCAACUGCCGCAAACUUGUCUCCGCCUGUGUUCAGCUAGGCGCGCACAUAGAUUUUUUUUUUUGCGUCCUUUUGCCGAUGAACUGCAUGAAGGACCCGUUAAGCCUGGAGCGCCUGGGAGCCGGGAAUAAGCAGUGCUCCUCCUCACCUUCCUCCUCUUCCUCCUCCUCUUCGUCAUCUUGCCACCACCACCACCACCACCAGCCCGCGCUGGCUAUGGCGACGGCGCUGGCGCCGGGGCAGGGGCGCUCCUCCCUGGAGUCCGCCAAGCAUCGGCUGGAGGUGCAUACAAUCUCCGACACCUCCAGCCCUGAGGCCGCAGAGAAAGAUAAGAGUCAGCAGAGCAAGAACGAGGAUGCAGGGCCCGAGGACCCCUCCAAAAAGAAGAGGCAGCGGCGGCAGCGGACUCACUUCACCAGCCAGCAGCUGCAGGAGCUGGAGGCCACCUUCCAGCGGAACCGCUACCCGGACAUGUCCACCCGGGAGGAGAUCGCUGUCUGGACCAACCUCACCGAGGCCAGGGUUAGGGUUUGGUUCAAGAACCGCAGAGCCAAAUGGAGAAAGAGAGAAAGGAACCAGCAAGCCGAGCUUUGCAAAAACGGUUUUGGUCCCCAGUUUAAUGGCCUCAUGCAGCCCUACGAUGACAUGUACCCUGGCUACUCAUACAACAACUGGGCAGCCAAGGGCCUGACUUCCGCUUCCCUCUCCACCAAAAGUUUUCCUUUCUUCAACUCCAUGAAUGUCAACCCUCUGUCUUCUCAGAGCAUGUUCUCCCCUCCAAACUCCAUCUCCUCCAUGAGUAUGUCUUCAAGCAUGGUACCCUCUGCAGUCACCGGGGUCCCUGGCUCCAGCCUCAACAGCCUGAAUAACUUGAACAACUUGAGCAAUCCCUCCCUGAAUUCUGCAGUGCCAACGCCAGCCUGUCCUUAUGCUCCUCCAACACCUCCGUAUGUUUAUAGGGACACAUGUAACUCGAGCUUGGCGAGUCUGAGACUUAAAGCCAAGCAGCACUCCAGUUUUGGCUAUGCCAGUGUGCAGAACCCUGCUUCCAACCUGAGCGCUUGCCAGUACGCGGUGGACAGACCCGUGUGA